AUACUGAAUUCGAAAUCCUGGUUAGAAGUGCAAUCGGAUGUGCAAAUGCUACGUGCAACGUAUGCCGGUUAUAUCAAUUACCUCAACAAAGUGGAAGAUCGAGUAGAAAGUCAAUCCGUUGAUCAUCGAUGCAGCUUGUUGGAAAAUCGGUCUUUAAAAACUGUAGCAGCUAGUUCAUCCAGAACAUCGUUGACGAAACUUAUGUAUAAAGAACUAGAACAGCAACUUAACAGCGGAGAAGCAUACGCUCCUGUUAAUUUAAUACUGUAUGCUCCAUCAGAACGCAAAGCACGAUAUAAGUAUAUCCAGGGAUUAAGUUUCGACUUCGAUGUUCAGGUGUAUCGAUCGUUCAAGCCGAAUGCUACGUUCGUGUGGAAACUUCCCCAUCUUAAUGAACGGUCGGAAAUCCAGUUGUCAAAUACAAUUGUUCAUUUGGAAGAUGAUAUCGUUUAUCGCGUAAAAGCUGAUAAAUGCAAACAGGCAGCUGCAGUUUUCGGGGGAAUAGCAUCGUGGACCGUGCAAAAAGUUAAGGAGUUUAGCCAGUUGGCUACAGAUGAUGAUGAGGAUCCUAGCAGUUCUAAGCAAGAUGACUUGGACGGACUUAAAAUGUUAAUCGGCGAUGGUCAUGAAAUCGAGGAAGUUUUGCAUAUUGAAACCCAACAACUGAAUUCGAGGCAAGGCAAGUUUGACAAUUUCUGGAAAGCUGCUGAAAUCGUUAUCGCCGAAAAGGAUCUAUCGGUUGCUCAGGAAAGACGACACGGUACAACUAGCUGGAUUUCACCGCUGUGCGUUUCCUUGCGUGAUCUGAUGGACAUAUGCGAAGAAAAAAUGAAUCAGCUUUACCCAGGAUGUCCGAACAACAACGUACCCUCAGCUGAGUAUUUUCGUCUACAAUUUACACCCAGAAACCCACGUAAUCGUACCGCUGAAAGGUACUACAGUAGGUUUGAUAUCAAAUAUGGAUUGCAAGUGCGUACACUACGUAAAGCACAUCCCGAUCAACAUUAUGGGGCAAAGCAAUUCCAGUACAUGAAAAUGAUUGCAGGUCGUUUUCAUACUUCAAGUCUAGUUUUCUUUCUGGAUGACAAAGCAGCAAUUCUGGUGGGAUUUGAAGGCGCUCCAGUCAGCGCUACAAGAAGACAACGUUCAGUUCUUAAAGCAGGCUUGGAUAAUCGAGGAUUGAACGCUUUAGAUCACGACAACAUACCGCAGCAUCUAACCCCUUCGAUAUCAAUUAAACUGAUUUCUCCUAUGGAUUUAUCUAAUGCUUGGCAUGCAGGACAAUCGUGCAUAAUUCUCAAAGACGCUAUAUUCGAGCACUCCACUGCAUUUAGACACGUUGCUGAACUUCUCACUCGUUAUUCGGAAGAUGACAUUGUUCGACCAAUGUUGUUUAUCGGAUCAGAUGGAGGACCUGAUCAUAACCUGACUUCCAUCAUGGUUAUGCUGAGUUACAUUGCUAUAUUUUUCGAGCUCGACUUGGAUUUUUUGUGUGCAGUGCGCACGCCUCCAAAUUUUUCUUUUAUCAAUCCAGCAGAACAAUUCAUGGCAGCAGCUAACAUAGCAUUGAUUGGAGUUUCGUUGUCUAGAAAUCAUCUGGGUGAAAAUGAAAAACUUGUGAAAAAUUUAAUGUCUAAAAACAAUGGCGGGAGGCUCACGAGAAAAACCCUAACAACGAUUAUCCUCGCUUGGCCCUAGAAGGAACAGAAGAUGCCCGAAGGCUACUUAAAUCAAGAUUUGAGUCACUGCGCUACAAAGGAGAAAAGGUGAUCGUAUCUUAUGCUGCAAACGAAGCAGAGAUAAAUACGAUAAAAGCAAAUAUUACAGACCAAUGGCCUGAGAUUAAUUUGAGCAAAAUUUCGAAAGCUGAAGCAAUGAACGUACCAUCAUUUAAAGAAUUCUUUGACAAACAUGUUAAAGCGACAUCCUAUACCUUCCAAGUGAAGAAAUGUAAUGAUAUAAAUUGCAAAUUUCACAAGGCAAAGAGGAUGGAUCAAACCAUCAACAUCCCUUGGCUACCGAAGCCUCAACUCAAAAGAGAAAAAUAUGAGGAAUUCGAUGAAGUAUACGGUACUGAACCGAAUGACGAUUGUCAACCAAGUAAAAUUAAGGCAAUGCAUUCACAAGAAGAGAGGUUUCCUCAUCCUUCAUUUGCAUUAGCUUCCACCAGAGCGCGCAUCAUAAUUACAUGCACUGAAUGCAAAUUUCCGCGUCUAUUGUAUUCUCAAUACAGUAUGAACAAGCAGCAACUAAUGGAAACAGAACGCUUUUUUGAUAAAAACGUAUAUAUUUGCGGUGUUCCACUUGAAGGUUUACCAGACGUUUUUCAAAAUCCUAAAAUCAAAUGCUUUGAUCCAAUUCAUCUUCAUUAUUUCCAAUGUUCGUCUCUGAAAGGAUUUAAAAACUUAUGCGCGAAGUGUCUCGUAAGUAACUCGUCCGUGACACACAACAAACUCAAUAUUUGUGGCUCAUGUUACGCAUCAGUGUUGAAAAACAUAAAUUUGAAGCAGCGCAACGUUAAAGCAAAAACUAAGUAAAGUAUUCUAAGUUAAAAUGUAAAUAUAUACGAUCAAGCUGCGCAAAAAAAGACUGUUCCAUUUUCCUCGGUUUAAAUUUUAUUUUUAUUUUUUAUUCACCCCCCCCCCCCCCCCCCGGACCAUAAGUUACGAUCAAGUGACAAAAGAAGAAUAUAUAAUUUGUUCCGGCCUUAGUUACUGCAAAUAAAUUCUUUUUCGAGCCCCUAUAAUCAAGCAGGUAUCUCAAGCACACCACAUCAUUAUAAUGCUGCAUGAUUGAGUGUUUAACUUUGCUAAAAUAUCGAAAACAAAAGUGUGCAUAAAAAUUGCCUCGCCAUAGCAAAAAGGUGGUAGAGAAUUAACACUGUUGUUUACAGUUUAGAACCAAAUCCAGAUGUCGCACAUGUUGGGGUAGGGAUUCAGUGCUUCGCCUUCUCCCCCUGGUAUUGCGCGCGGGAGGCUCAAUCUUUUGCAGACUACACAAAAAAGAUUCAAUUUAAAAUAACGUCAACAACAUAAAAUCCAUCAUCAUCAUCGAGGCGAUCGUUGAAGUCAAUUAAUGCCUCAAUAAAUAAGAAAUAAUUCAGAUUACACCUAAACAUCCGUUGGUCACAACUUCGUCAAGAUUUAAAGUUAGUCAAUUAUUAAAACUUGUCGAGCAGCCGUUCAAAAAGCAGCUUUGAUAUGUGAAAUACAUUGUCUCUUAAACUGUGUUAGGGUGUUAGUGUUGCUGCACGUUUGAUCUGUGUAGGCAUCGAAUUGAAUACAAAAACAAUGAAUUUUGUGAAGCACCAUGUAAAAAGAAAGGCGUUCUUACUUCAUCAUUGUAACGGUGUAAACUAAGCAUUCGGUAUAACAGUUAGUUAUCUCAGAGAGUUAUAAGAUUUCAGAGAAUAUAAGAGCAUGAAGCAUGGGUUUCGGCCCAAU